AUGCAUGAGAACUUCGACCGAGGCGCAGCGGGCGGGGCUCGGCGGCGCGGCCGUGCGCUCGUGGUGCGCCUGCGCGGAGGGUUGCGGGGCCGCCUGGCCGGCCGGUUCGGUCGACGGCCGGGGCUGGGGUCGCCGGUGCGGACGGAUCGGCGGGGAGGGCGUGCAGAUUUGUGCAGAACGGGCCUCGCCGGCCCGCGGCGGGGGCAGCUGUGGUGCCGGGGCCGGCGGGUCCUCGCGGACGACAAGCUGCCGCUCUCCAGGCCAGGGAGGGGUCCUCCUCGUAGGAGACAGGAAAGAGACGUGCAGACCCGAUGGCCUCGUCGUCAGGUACACCGUGCAUGCAGAAGUGCGAACACCCCGAGAGGACAGCCCCUGUGUCCCCAUGCCCAGCCUCGCCUGAGCAGCGCGUCGGCGGCUGUCUGGGCUGUGCCGUGGUUGGCGACGCCCCAGCCUCGUCCAGAGCCACAGCCCACUCUCGUGUCAGCUGCGGCGACUCUGCUCCUGCGCCUUCUGCACUCCCGGACCCAGGCGGAGGGGCCGCCGCUGUCUGGAACGGGCCGUUCUCACGGAGAGAGGACAGCAGGAGACACGGAGGAGCCGUGCAGUGGCUCUGACGCCUGUGGUGCACCUGCACUGUGGAAGUGGCCAGCGUGCCUCGGGGACACAGGGACUGCUCCAUAAAUGCUGUGCUUAGGAGAAUGAAUGGAGGCAUGUGAAAGAAUAAAUGAGUGAUGAAUGAGUGUGAAACAAUGACUGAAUGAAUGGGUGAGUGAAUGAAUGAGUGAAUGACUCAAUGGGUGGGCAAAGGAAUGAGUGGCUGACUGA